AUGGCGACCUCAGGCUCCCACGGCGCAUCGCGAAAGACCAACGGAGCUCCUUCGUCCUCUGGCCAGCAAGCCACCGCCGAUGCGCCGAAGUCGAGUAAGAGCCGCGCUCCCGUUGAAGGCGACAAAGUGGUUAUAAGGAGACUGCCCCCCGGCCUGACCGAGGAGGAGCUAUGGAAGAACCUAGGAGAUGAGUGGAAGGCCGGACAGGGUCUUGUCAGCUGGCACAAUUUUGAGCCCGGCAAGAUCUCACAAGACCCUGCGAAGCCGUCGAGGCCGGCGAGAGUCUACCUCCAUGUCUUGAAGCGCGAGAAUUUGAACACGCUCUCCAGUCUGAUCCUAGCGAAAUCAUGGGAGGACGCCAAGAUGACGUCCAACAGUCCCUCUCUUGUCGGUCCCCCGGUUCUCGAAUUUGCCUCUUACAAUAAGAUUCCAAGCGGCAAGAAACGCACCGAUCCGAGACAAGGGACGAUUGACCAAGAUCCUGAGUUCAUGGCCUUCCUCUUGUCUCUCACCAACCCCGACCAGGACAAGGAAGCGGAGAGUAACGAAAACAAGGAUGCAGAAGAGCCAAAGCCGGAGACCAAGGUUACAACAACACCUUUGAUCGAGUACCUGAAGGAAAAGAAGGCCAACAAGGCAAAGGAGGCAGCCGCCGCCAAGAGCGCGAAGCAGUCUCGGCAGGAAUCUCAAAGCACCAAGGGCAAGGCAUCGGGAUCGACGGCGGAGGAGGUCAAGAGGGGUAAGAAGGAUUCCAAGGCGGACAAGUCAGCGGAUAAGCCCAAGGAGACGGUCAAGAUCCUCACCAAGAAGGCAACCGCGGAUGCCGCCAAAGCGGCGGAAACCGUUGCCAGAGAGACCACUCAAAGCUCGGCGGCCGCCCAGGAGGCACCCAAGAGUCGGCGAGCCGGCAUCGCAGCCGCUGCACGUAUCCUGCAGCGCGACCUCGGCAUUAGCCCCGGAAGCGCUCAUAGAAGGGCUCGUCUGGACGCUGCAAAGGCUGAGGCGGAAGCAAAAGCUGCGACCGCGAAAGAGCCAGCUCAGCCUGCGGUCGAGGCUCCAGCCGCCGCCGCACCUCCCGCUCCGCCGGCGCAAUCAUCGAACGCUUCGCAAACCUCAGAGCGCAAUGCAGCGCCUUCCGCCACAAAAUCGGGACGCUCUCGUAGAGGCGGAGGUGGCAAGAAUGCUGCCGCCAAUGAAGCAAAGGGCAAAUCCAACGACGGUGGUGGUUCUUCCAACAACCCAGCCCCGACCAAGGCACCUGUUGUGCUCCUCAAGAAGAAGGAUGAGGAAAAACACAAGGAGAAGGCCGAGAAGGCCGAGAGGGCCGAUAAAGCUGAAAGAGAGACUUCUGGCUCUGCGCAGUCGGCCCCAGCCAAGUCCAAUCCGCCCAGCGGUCCCAAGGGCUCAGGAAAGGGCAACAACUCGAAGAAAGGCGGUGGUAGCGGUGGUGGUGGAGGUGGUGGUGGCGGCGGCGGCGGUGCAUCCGCGUCAGUCACGCCGGGCGUUACCCGCGGUUUUGUGAAGCACGCCAACCCAUCCCAGGGCGUUACGGAAAACCUCCUCAAGCAAGCCAUGGAGGCCUUCGGCACGGUCACGUUUGUCGAGAUCGACAAGCGCAAGGGUUUCGCAUACGUCGAUUUCUCAAACCACGAAGGCCUCGUCAAGGCCGUCGCUGCGAGCCCCGUCACCGUCGCUCAAGGCACUGUCCAGGUUCUCGAGCGCAAGGAGAAGAAGCCGGCUGCCAGCAACGCCAACGCCAACUCCGGCGGCGGCGGCUCCUCCAACGCUCCCGCAUCAUCAUCAAACUCCGGAGCGAACAAGGAGAAGGAGAAGGAAAAGGACAAUAACAACAGCAGCAACGCCACGCCAUCCGACAAGCCUGAAGAACAGCGCCACAAGCGCACCAGACGCGGUCGCGGCGGCGGCAAAGCGGCUGCCAACAAGGACGCGCAACAGCAGCAGCAGCAACAGUCCACCGAGAAAGCAGCGGGCGCAGGAUGA